AUGCAAACUCCAAUACCAAAUGGGCCAUAUAAGAGUACAUCUGACUCUGACAGAGAUACCAACGACCAUCCUAAUCCCGUUAUGCACAAGUUACAAUCAGAUGACUUAGCUUGCAAUGUGGCGAGAGCAGAUUCACCCCGCCUAGUAUUAACACACGCAACCGACUCCGAAUCACGUAGUGAGAUAGAGGAUUUAUUAUCUCCUUCAUAUUUAAGUACACCUAUAUUGAAUGACACCAACUUGCUUUCCGCCAAUGUGGAAAUAAAUGAAAAUAUCUCCGAACACACUCCAUUAUUAGUUCAUAACAACCCUUCGAGCAACAAUCACGCUCAUGGGUAUUUCAAGAGAUUCAUACAUUUUUUUGAUGCAAGAAAGAUUGGGAUAUUGAUUCUUAUGGUGUUUUUAAUGAGUAUUUUUGGUGUUGUCAUAUAUCUCACGAUAACCGAUAUAGACAAAGCUGUCAAUAGAGCAGUGGAAGUGAACCUAGAAACAGUGGGCAUAUCUGGACUUACACCAUUUGGAUUAAAUGCUCAUAUUAUGGGAUCAGUGAAUGUUAAUUAUGAUAAAGUUGAUAAGUUCUUUCAACGGAAUUUCUUGAAAUUUGGUUCUCUGAUGUUAGGAACUUUAAUUAUAACCAAUAUUGAACCAAUGGAAAUUUAUACUAGGUUUAUAGAUGUAGAUAGUCCAUUUUUACAUAUGGUGGAUUCAUUACCUCCUCCAUUAGAAGUUUUAAUUGGUCAUAAUCAGACCACUCUGUUUGAUUUCAUUUCAGAAUGCACUUUUGCCGAUUCCAAUUUCUUGGAAAUAUUAAAAUAUUACAACCAGAUUCAAUCAGGAGAUGUGGAUAUGGAUGUUAAGGGAAUUGUUACUGCUAAUAUGAGAUCUCAUUUCAUAAGUGUUAAUGUAUCCGACGUUGAAAUUCAUCAAUUUGUAAGAGUAUCCAAGGACAUUAUGUUACCAGAAGUAAACCUAGAAACACUAAGUGUUUCAACAAUAGAAGGAUCAAUUGAAAUUGAAGCAUUUAUAAAGAUAAUGACCGAUUACGCUGUUGAUUUAUCGUUGGAUAGUAUGAAUUGGAAUUUAUUAUUAGAAAAUUGUGACCAAGGGUUGAUCGAAGUUGGUGAUUGGACAAGUGGACCUACUUUAAUUCGACCACAAGUUCCAAUUUCGGUUAAUGUAAAUGGAUCUAUUGCAUCUGUACCUCAAGAAUUAUUAAAAGAAUGCCCCGGUGAUGGUCUAAGUCCAUUUAAUCGAUUGAUUCAAAAUUAUUUAAAUGAAUUACCAAUUGAAAUAUACUUAAGAGCAAGUAAAGACCAAAAUAGUAAUUCACUUCCGGAAUGGUUACUUGAUUUCUUAACUGAGAUGAAUCAAAAGAUUUCAAUUAAAUUACCUCCAAUGUAUGCAUCUCCUCUCACGGGAGUGGAAAUUUCAUCUUCGGAUAUUUUUGUGAAUGAUGAACAACAUUCUGAAAGAGAUUCAUUUAUUACAAAUUUAAAUACAAAUCUUUCAAUGUGGAUUGAAAAUCCCGUAGGGGUUGAAUUUUCAGUUCCGAGAUUUAAAUCUAAUUUUACAAUUCAAGAGAAUGAAAUUAGUGAUGUUUUGAUUAAAGGUGGUUCAACUUCGGGAUAUAAUCAUGUUAAUAUUACUGAAAUUUUAGGAUUUCUCAAUCUUGCAUUAACAAUGGACAAUCUUGAAAUUGAUGUAUUGAAUCCUUCAAGAUUGGGGAAAUUAUUCAAUUCCUUAAUUCAUAAUAAUAUUUUAGAUAAUGAAUUACUAUACUUAGUCUUGGAAGUUCAGGAUUUAUAUGUUGAAACCCCAAUUAUGAACACCAAGAUUAGUAAUUUGAAGUUUCAACCAUUUCAAUUAAUGCCCAAAAUGGUAUCACCUUCCGCUUAUGAUUCUUCAUCAUUUGAGAAAUUACUUGAUCAAUUGAACACUACUAUCAAUUCCAUUUACUUGCUUGAAUCUACCGAACAUGAACUUAGAAUUUUAGCAGACGUAUCCGUGUUCAAUCCAACUAAUUUCACCUUGGACUUGCCGAAUGAAGAAAUAACCAUUGGUGUGCAAUAUAAUGAUACAUUAUUAGGUCAUGCAACCUUAAAGGACGUUUAUAUACCAAAACAAGAAAAGGUUAAUGUCUCCGUUGAAAGUGUGAUUUAUUCCAAAUCUUAUAAGGACAAAUCAAAAUUAGAAUAUUUCUUGAGUUCUUAUGUUUCAGGUGGUGAUAAUUCUAGUUUGAUUAUUGAUAUUGUUGAUAAUAAGGUUAAGAAUAAUCAUGGAUUGAAUGAAUUUAUUCAAGAACUUUCUUUCCCUAAUAUAACAUUACCAAAUGUUGACUUGUCAUAUCCAGAAGAAGAAGUCAACCUGGACUCCAAGAAUGAGAUUACAACAAACUCAUGUCCAUUCAUAUUAGAGGCAACGAUACAUUUAUUCACCUCCGAAGUUGAAUUAACGGUAUAUAACCCAAUUUCAAAUUCAGAACUACAAAUUGAAGUAUUUCAAGCAGAAGCAAAACAUCAAGAUCAAAUAUUGGGAUAUUUAUUACAAAGAGAAUGUCUUGUUGUUCCUCCAGGAAUUUAUAAGACACCAAAAUUGGGAAUUAAGAUAAAUUCAAUUGGGAUGGAUAUUUUAAGAAAAGCAAUAAAUGGAGAAUUGAAUGUUGAGGUUAUGGCUGUACUUAAUGUAACAUUAGAUCAAUUCGAUGUACAAUUGUUAUAUAAAGGAAGUGGAUUAAAGUCAAAAAUCAGAUUCUAA